AUGAUGCUCAGCUCUCUUGCUAGGCCCACGAGGAAGGGCGUCAGUGAUGGCCUCCUCAUUCUGGCCAUGAUUGGCGGUGUCAUCUCUGUCAUCUUGGCAUUCAUCGUCUUUAUCGCUGGCACUACCAUCAUCCCUGGCAGUGGUGAUAACCCCGAUCAUUUGUUCUGGAAGCCGUUGGCUCUGGUGACUUUUGAUGGACUCGUCCCCAACAAUGACACAUCCAAGUUCUUGGUGCAACUAAACUGGUACGCCAGCUCAUUCGGCUGGGAGUAUCCCAAUGCCCCCAAGAACCUCCCCAAGGCUGGCAUCACAUCGUCAGGUCUACGAUGGUCUUCCAACAUCGUCAACGACCUCCACCAGAUCGCCAGGGACCUCAAUCUUCCACAGGACACAUGGGACUGCCCCAAGUUCGGAGCAUACGAGGAUCCUUGCGGCAACAUCUUCUUUGAGGCAUGGCGCACCUACAUGGUCCACAACGGCUUGCCCAUCUCCAGCUGGCUCCUCUGGGUCAUGGUGACGUCGGCCCUCGUCCUCGGAUCUUGGACUAUGGUGCAGGAGUGGAUGAUUCAGAAGAGGCCUCACUGGAUGAGGUGCCGGUGCAUCAUCGGCAAGCGAUGGUGUCCCUGCCCUAAGGGCACCAAGGAGGAGAUUGAGAACCACGAUGACUUUGUGUGGGACAAGGUGCGGCUGUCCUACUGGACUCUCUCGGCCGCCUACUUUGGCACCGCCGCGACCCACGCCUGCGUCACGUCGGUGUUUUUUGUCAAGUUUCUGGGAUACUUCGAGGAGCGACUGCCCGAGGGCAUCAGCAUGCGUCCCAGGAGACGGAUCGCCUCCGAGGUCCUGUUGUGGGUGGCUUUCGGCAUAAGGUGUUUUAGUGCCCUGUGUAUGGCCAUCAGGUGGAAGCUCAGUCGGAGACCCAAGGGCUGGCUGGACGAGCAAAGCGUCGGUCUCGACGGUAACAGUGGAAGGCCUGGUGAUGCGCGUUAUACUGACUAG